UUGGUGACUGACGUUGUUCUGAGCCACCUGCUGUCAGGUGAAUUUCAGAGGCUCUUGUCUUGUGGACUACAGUUGAAAGGAAAGAUUUAACCAACUGCAGUGCCAGGCAGCACUGUGCUGUCUUGAAUAUCUCAGGAGGAGGAACAGAACUUUGACCGUGUCUGCCCUGACACUGUGAUCAGCAUAUGACUGCAAAGUACCGGAAGACAUACCGCAAACUUAUUUUGAGACGAUUGUUCAAAAGACAGAGUUAAGCCUUGGUGUCAAAUUAGGUUAGGAGAAGAACUGGAGUGUUGCUGAUCCUGGCAGUCUUUUCUGGUGGGAGUUUUUUUCUAACUUGUUUUCAUUUUGUUGAUACUGAUUGGAUUUCUGCAUGGAUUGUCAAGACUACAUUUGGAAUAGCACUCUUUACAGGUGGCGACUGACAAGGUUGCAGGCAAGCUGAGUUCUACUCUCUCAUGGGUGAAGAACUCCAUGUCACACACGGUUAGUCAGAUGGCUAGCCAGGUGGCCACCUCGUCUGGCCAGGUGGCAACGGUGCCCUCGUCCCUGCAGACCACCACAGCCGCCUCCUCAACAUCCCUCUCCCCGUCUCCCACCUCGGCAUCUCCCGCUAAGCUCAGCCCAGAUGAACUUGAACUGCUCGCCAAGCUGGAGGAGCAGAACAGGUUGCUGGAGACGGACAGUAAGUCCCUCCGCUCUGUGAACGGCUCCAGGAGGAACAGCGUCUCCAGCCUGGUGUCCAGCUCCUCGGCCUCCUCCAAUCUGUCUCACCUGGAGGAGGACUCCUGGAUCCUCUGGGGACGCAUCGUUAACGAGUGGGAGGACUUCCGCAAGAAGAACGAGAAGCAGCUCAAGGAUCUGGUCAGAAAAGGGAUCCCACAUCACUUCCGAGCAAUAGUAUGGCAGUUGCUAUGCAACGCCCAGAACAUGCCUAUCAAAGACCAGUACUCUGAGCUGCUGAAAAUGACAUCACCAUGUGAGAAGCUGAUUCGCCGGGACAUCGCCCGGACGUAUCCUGAGCAUGACUUCUUUAAGGAGGACAGCUUGGGACAGGAAGUACUCUUCAAUGUUAUGAAGGCCUACUCUCUGGUGGACCGGGAGGUCGGCUACUGUCAAGGAAGUGCUUUUAUCGUCGGACUGCUUCUCAUGCAGAUGCCAGAAGAGGAGGCGUUCUGUGUCUUUGUGAAGCUGAUGCAAGACUACAGACUGAGAGAACUGUUCAAGCCCAGUAUGGCUGAGCUGGGUCUCUGCAUGUAUCAGUUUGAGUAUAUGAUCCAGGAACUUCUCCCAGACCUCCAUAUCCACUUCCAGGCCCAGAGUUUCCACACCUCUAUGUAUGCCUCUUCUUGGUUCCUCACCAUCUUCCUCACCUCAUUCCCUCUCCCUGUUGCCACCAGGAUCUUUGAUAUCUUCAUGUUAGAGGGUCUGGAGAUAGUGUUCCGCGUGGGGCUGGCCAUCCUACAGAUGAAUCAGGCAGAACUUAUACAGCUUGAUAUGGAGGGAAUGUUACAGUACUUUCAGAGGGUCAUUCCCCACCAGCUGGAAAGUGGACCAGACAAGGUCAUCUUGGCUGCUUAUAAUGUCAAGUAUAACGCCAAGAAGAUGAAGAAGUUGGAAAAGGAAUACACUACAAUCAAAACUAAGGAGAUGGAGGAGCAGGUGGAGAUUAAGAGGUUGCGCACAGAGAACCGACUGCUGAAACAGAGGAUAGACACACUGGAGAAAGAAAGUGCUUCAUUGGCAGAUAGAUUGAUCCAGGGACAAGUGACACGUGCCCAGGAGGCAGAGGAGACCUACCUGGUCAUGCGGGAGCUGGCCACGGUCAGGCAGCAGAGCGAAGAGGCCACAGCUCAGCUGGAGCUAGCACAGAGCACCAUCAGGGAUCUCCAGCAGAGACCCCUAUUGAAGGGCAUCCCGCGCUACACAGAGGAGUCCAUCCUGCAGCUGGAGAGAGAGCUGGUUCAGGCCAGGCUAAAGGAGGCUGAGUCCCAGUGUGCCCUCAAGGAGAUGCAAGACAAGAUCCUGGACAUAGAGAAGAGGAACACAUCUCUGCCAGAUGACACCAACGUGGUGCGGUUGCAAGAGGAGCUGAUAGCAGUGAAGCUGAGAGAGGCUGAGGCUGUGAUGGGGCUGAAGGAGCUCAGACAACAGGUCAGAGACCUGGAGGAGCACUGGCAGCGUCACCUGGCGCGUACGGCGGGCCGCUGGAAGGACAACCCUAGGAAGAAUGCUGUGUCUGAGCUGCAGGAUGAGCUGAUGAGUGUCAGGCUACGGGAGGCUGAGGCCCAGGCAGAGCUCAGAGAGACACGUCAGAGGAUGAUGGAGCUGGAGACACAGAACCAGAUCCAUAGCAACCAACUGCGUCGGGCAGAGCAGGAGGGGCGGAGCUUUCAGGAGCGUGUGACUGUGCUUACGGCCCAGAAUAAGGGCCUACACGUUCAGCUGCAGGAGAUCAAACGCAAACAGGCAGAGAUUGAGUGCAAGAACAAGGAGGAGGUGAUGGCGGUGAGGCUGAGAGAGGCUGACAACAUCGCUGCCAUGGCCGAGCUGCAGCAACAGAUCUCUGAACUGGAGAUACAGAAAGAAGAAGGGAAGGUCCAGGGCCAGCUGAACAACACAGACUCCAGUCAGUACAUCAGAGACCUGAAGGACCAGAUAGCUGAACUCAAACAUGAGAUCCGCUGCCUAAAAGGCCAGAGGGGGAGCAGCAUGUCCAAUCAGCCCGCUUUUGAUGGGAUCCACAUUGUCAAUCACUACAUACCAGAUGAUGAGUCGUACCACUCCUCGGACGAAGACACAUGUGUGGGCAAGACCCCCUCCCACCUGGACCAUCAGCACAGCAGCAUCAGCCGCAUCAGGCUGCACCCCUCCCUGGGUCUUGGGGACACUGACAGUGAGGGGGAUGAUGAUGGGCAUGGUCUGGUUCUCUCUGUGCCUCCCAUUGGCACCCACAAACACACCACCGUGUGACUGGGUGAUGGACACCAUCGCUAGAUGCCUGGAGGCUGAUCAGGGCAGUUCUGAUCUGGUACAGUGGGACAGAGGGGUUGUCCAUGGUAGCAAGCCACUCUUCAGGAGAAUGGCGUCUGACUGUCUGGGACUCCAAUGUAGGGAGCUCCUUUCAAUGGCAUCUUUGGAAGCUUGGAAUGGAAUGUGUGGGCUUUGUCAACAAGUGAAGUCGUAGCAGAAUCACACCUGUGGUGGAGUUGGUUUUUUUCUUUGUCCGUUGCGUCAGUCUGCUUCACUCUUGUUUCGCCAAAACCCACCAGAAGAGGAUCAUAUCCGUGUGUUGCUCUGGUCUGGACCCCAGACAGGCAGAUCAGAGAAGGACAACAUGGAGGUUCAAGUAGCCACCUGUGCUCCACGAAGCUAGGCUUACCCUGUCCAGGGUGACCCCACACAGACAACCAAACUACAGGCUCUCCCUCAGCCCCACAACCAACCAUGGUACAACAGAUACAACACACAGAGACUGUGCAAUAAAAUGUUUUAUGCUUUAUAAUGACUAUGACACUUCUUUCAAUCCGUUUUUAUUUUUUUAUCGCUUUUAUAAGUGGACAAUCAAAAAUGUAUAGAGCCCUUUUGUGUGGGUGUCUUUAUUAUAUCAGGAGAGAAUAAUGUACUGAAGAGUGAUGAAUGUCUCUAUUGAACAUGGUUCAUGAGCCCCAGUAUCAAACAGAAAGUGUCAACAAGCAUUAGGGUCGUAUUCACUAGACAGCAAACAAAGGGAAGAAAAAAAUGACCAAAAAAGGGAGGGACUAGUGUUAACAGUUUAACAGCUGAUAUGUCCCCCAUCAGGGGACUAUAUACUAACUAGAUUUUUAGACCAAGGAGUUGGAAAUGGAGCUUUGCAGUUCCUCCAGGAACGGUGUACCACUUCUCUAAAAAAAAAAAUUAAAAACAUGUUUUUGUUUCAAAACUUGCUAUUUGCAACAAUGUGCACGACCUAGGUUGACAUAAUGUUGGCUUUUUGGCCUUGAGACAUACAACCUGUUUAUCAUCAGGCCUGGUAUAGGCCUAUCCAAAGGUCAAUUUGAAUCCUGUAUACUCCGUAUAUAUGUAAUUGUUUGUUUUUCAUGUCCAUUUUGACUUGAAAAUAUGUAUCUAAUGAAUUAUUGCAUAUCUGUUUAAUGUAGGAUGCGGCUGAAAGGGACAUAUCACUCUAGUUUUGUCAAAAUGCACAGAUAACUGAUUAGCAGACAUUUCUUUCAGAUGUGGGCUGUGUUCCAAUUCUCCACCCUUUUCCAGAAGUGAGCACUUGUGCACGUGCACUUGUGCAUGUGCCCUCGUGCAUUUAAAGGCAUUGGAUUGGUGCAAGCAAGCAUGAAGGGAGUUUUCACCGUAUUCCCUACACCAGUGCAUUUCUUUUAUAUCUAUGAGGGGGAGUGUACAAGUGCACUCUUCGGAAAAGGGGUAGAGUAUGGGAACGUAUCCACAGUCUCAAUGUUCUGUAGAUGUUUUCAUAUAUCCUACUUUUCUCUGUUGGGACGAUCUUACUUUUGGAGGAAGGGCAGAUUUAGGAUCGCUUCAUAAUUUCAUAGAUUAGGAUACGUUUCAGCAUUUUGGUUAAUGGAAGCAUGUAACUAGUUUGUUAAGUAAACCAGCCCAGAUUUAGAAGUACUGCUAUAUCUAAAGUGGGAAUAUUGAUCUUUAAAUAAAUAAUAAUUAAGGGACAUAAUGAAAAGUAUAAGAACUGUAAUCUGAAUCUUGUAUCAACAUAAAUAAUGUUAAACAGAAGUAUUGCUAUGUUGUACUUUUGCACGAAAUGAAUGACUGUCCAAGCCAAUGAAACAAUACUUUUAUCUGAAAAUACUAAGAAGAUAAUUAUACAUGUCUGUCAAAUGGCAAACUAUUCCCUAUGUGUAGUGCACUGCUUUUGGUCAAAAGUAAUGCACUAUGUAGGUAAUAGCUUGCCAUUUGGCAUGCAUCAUAAGAAAUGUGCCGUUUGUUUCCUCUGUGAAUGAAGCAGAGUGUAUUGUCAAGUGUUACCAAACUGUAGGAUGGGUUGUAUAAGCCUGGUCUCAGAUCAGUUUGUGCUGUAUAGCCUAUAACUCGUUGUGAUGCCUUGGCAUGACAGAUCUGAGACAAUGAUGGAAUUUUAAACCGUAGGCUCUGCCUGCCAGAUAAAUAUGCACCACUUGGUUUCAUAAAGGUUGAUGUUGAUCCAUUAUCAGGAUUAGCAGAACACUAAAACAGACAACUUCUCUAGGUUGACAUGACCUGCGCCUUGUUUCCCAGAGCCAUCGUAGCAUUAAGAUAAUCCUUACAACCUUAUUACUAUGUAUAUUUAGUAGCCAAGGUGUUUCCCUAAGCCUGCAGCAUUAAGAUAAUCCUUACAACCUUAUUACUAUGUAUAUUUAGUAGCCACGGUGUUUCCCUGAGCCUGCGUUAGUAACGUGGCUCUUAAAAACCGUUGCACAUCUACGAGUGAUCCAGACUACUCGUAGAGCAGUCAACGUGCAUCGUUAGAUGUAUUUUUGCCCUUCCGCGUCACUAUUCACAGAUCUCCGCUAAAAAUCUCCUAAACAUCAUGAUUCUAUUGGUCUGACUGUAACGGCCGAUAACUUCAGAAGGACGUUAGUUGACUACAAAUACAAAGUUGCCAAAGUAUUUAGAAUUGUUGCAAACAAAUUAAAACCGAGAUUAUUACACAUAUUAUAUGGACAACAGAGCCUAAUUAGCCUAUUUUAAUCUUAUUGAAAUCAAUUUCAUGUUCAAUCAGUUGAGUUCUGGUUUGCGACGAGGCUAUAAUUUGUAAUGUUUGCCUCCGUGUGACAACGUGUGUAAUGAUAUGCCCAAUCUGUGAUUUCGUGCAUUAUUAUACGCAUAAUAAACCGUGUCGCCUCUCUAUGAGCUGAUCUGUCAUCAGUAUUUUGGCAAAAUUAUGUUAAAAUCAGAUUUGAAUGGUGAAAGCUGAUCCGAGCGCUGUUUUUCUUUCUAUCCUAUCAGUCUCGACACAUGGUCUCUUUGCGUGCUUGUUUUGGGAACACUUAAAGUUAGCUCGUAAAUAACGAUGCAUUCGGUACAAUCAUCGUAAUGCUUAAAUUACAUCGCAACUUGGAAAUGAGGCCCACAACAAUGGACAUCUUAUAAUGGCUAGAUUUUUAAACGUUUUUUAAAGCAUUAGAACCAAAAACCUAUCAGCCAAGUCUCUGCAAAAUAUUUAUAUCCAGAACGCACGGACUCAUUGUUCAGAAGAGGUUUUGUGAUACUGAUGUGAUAUUCCUUGGUUGGUUGAGGACAACGAUGGAUGGAAUAUUUGGAAAGGCAUCAUGACGCAGUUUUGGCACUUUCAGAGAAAGACAAUAUAAUGCAGUAAAGAGAGAAGUCUACAUGGAGUAAUAACACUAUGGAAUAAUCAUUACCACACUCUGAAAACAUGUAUGUGAAAUUAAUGUGUUUGAGUUCACAAAUAAACUAUUUGAUAAACA